ACGAUACAAGAAAAAAGAAUAGUAAACAUGAAGAUAAUAUUCUUUGUAAUAUCAAUAUUUAUUUAUUAUGUAAGUUGCGAAAAGAAUAAGGACAUUAAAAAGCCUCUGGUUGUCGUGGACGUAGAUGCUGGUGCAGACGAUGCUAUUGCCCUCCUGAUGCUUUUAGCAGCUCAUAAACGAGAAGAAAUCGAAUUAAUGGCUAUAACGUGCGUAGCUGGUAAUACAAAUUUGACCAAUGUUGCUACGAAUGUGCUACGGCUUUUGGAGGCUGCUUCUGCUUUAAAUGUAUGUGCUAUUUUGUAA